AUGCUCACUUCGCCCACUUCUUUUGCUCCUGCCACGCGUCCUUCUUCCCAGGUGCUGGUCCUCCACAUCAUCUGAGAAGACGCGCAGAUUGAAUAACAAGAUGGAGAAGGCGACUGCAUCGUCGAGCUCAUUCCAGGAAGACGUAUCUCAACCGAUCGAUGUAGAGAAGCAAUGCAAUUACGAUUCAUCGGAUGGCGAGAACCAUGCGGUCGAUUUCAGGGCGCGCUUCCCGAACAUACGUGAAGCUCAGGUGAUGCGCAAGAUUGACAUGCGGGUGGUGCCCGUGCUCUGUAUAUUGUAUCUUCUCGCAUUUCUUGACCGCGUCAACAUAUCAAAUGCGGCGACAUUCGGGCUCAAGACCGACUUGAAACUCGAAGGGAACCAGUAUAAUACGGCCUUGGUUGUAUUCUUUGUUCCCUACGUGCUCUGCGAGAUCCCUUCAAAUGCACUGCUCAAGCGCUUCAAGCCACAUGUUUGGCUAUCUCUGUGCAUGUUCCUCUUUGGCCUUGUCUCAAUCUGUCAAGGGCUAGUGCAGAACUAUAGCGGGCUCAUUGCAUGUCGUUUCUUCUUAGGUCUGGUAGAAAGUGGCGUAUUCCCUGCCUGCUUCUAUUUGAUUGCUAUGUGGUAUAAGCGUGCAGAAGCUCAAAAACGCUACUCUUUCUUCUUCUCCUCAACAACGCUUGCGGGUGCAUUCGCUGGUCUCCUCGCCAGUGCGAUUGGGAAGAUGGAUGGCAUGCGAGGCUAUCACGGAUGGCGAUGGAUCUUCAUACUUGAGGGAGUGCUCACAUGUAUUGUCUCUGCCCUGCUAUUCUUCGUGAUUUCAGACUUUCCGGAGGAGGUCACAUGGCUGAAUCCAGAAGAGAAAGAGUUCAUCAAGGCGCGCUUGCAGGAGGAUGUUGGCGAGUCGAGGAGACAUGAUCCGCUGACAUCGAGGGGCGUGCUCAGCGUGCUGAAGGAUUACAAGAUCAUCUUAGGCGGAUUCAUGUACUUUGGACUUGUCGUACCUGCAUAUGGAUAUGCAUACUUCGCUCCCACGAUCAUCAAAAACCUCGGCCACAGCAGCGUCCAAACGCAGCUCCUCUCCGUCCCGCCGUGGGCGUGCGCAUUCGCCCUUGCCAUGCUCGUCGCGGUCUUCUCGGAUUAUUUCAAGCAUCGCUUCCUUUUUGUGCUCAUCCCGACCGCUAUCUCCUUCGCAGGGUUCCUCAUCCUGCUCGUCGUGCAUGACAACACGAAGCUGCAAUAUGGAGCGCUGUUCCUUGCGGCGAUGGGCACGUAUGCGGCGAUGCCGAUCAUCGUGUGCUGGUUCAAUACAAAUCUGGCCGGACAUCAAAGACGUGCGGUGGGCACUGCGUGGCAAGUUGGCUUCGGGAACAUCGGUGGCAUCAUCGCUGUAUACUCCUUCCUCUCCGAAGACGCGCCAAAAUACAUCCCCGGCUACAGCGUAUGCGUCGCGUUCAUCUGCCUGUCCGUGCUCGCCGACUGCCUCUACUUCGUCGCCCUCAUUUCCGAGAACCGGAGACGAAACCUCGCGCAGCAGAACAUCGGGGCAGAUGAGGUUGCGCUGACGAGGGAGCAGAAAAGCAGGAUGGGAGAUUUAAAUCCUGAUUACAGGUACCUUCUGUGAAGAUUAUACGAUUAAGUGGCGACUUUCGUGAGAGAUGUUCCCCGGGGUGCAUACCAUACAUGUACUACUAUCUAGAAUAGUACUUUGCCUUAUAACUCAUAACAGCAUGAUGGCGGAAA